AUGUCGGAUGUGCCUGUUGAGGACAGCCUCUGCACACCCAGCCUCAAGUCCCCCUUCCUGUCCCAGCUCCAGUCGGCGCUGCCCACCGGCACCACGGAGCGCCUGGGCAGCUGCGGCGAGCCCGUGGACGGCGUCUUCCUCCAGCGCUGGCUGUCGGCGCGCAAGGGUUCCGUCCCCGCCGCGGCCGCGGACAUCACCGCCCACGCCGACUGGCGCUGGUCCUUCCUCGGGCCUCAGGGCGUGACCGUGGCUGAUGUGGCCGCUGACCUGGCGGCGGGCAAGGCCUACUUCCAGGGCCUGUCGCGCGACGGCUGCCCGGUGCUGGUGCUGCGCGCCGCCCGCUUCUCCGGGGACGCACCGGACACGCAGGCCACCAAGCGCCUUAUGUGCUUCCUCAUGGACCGCGUUGGACCCAUGCACGACCCUGUGCUCAACCCCCUGGGCCUGAAUACGCGGGGCCUGGAUGGGCUGUACAAGUCCCUGCUGGCAGUUUUCGAGGUCCUGCAGCAGCACUACCCCGAGCGCCUGCGCUGCCUGUACUUCCUCUCCGCGCCCAUGCUCUUCUGGGGGGUCUGGCGCCUGCUCUCCGCGUUUGUGGACCCCGUCACGCGGGAGAAGAUCCGAUUCGUCCCCGGGGGGAACCGGGGCAAGGCAGAGCUGCUUGCCGACAUCCCGGAGAAGGUGCUGCCAGACGCGUUUGGCGGGGCCGUGCCCUUUAUACCGGUGCUGGAGGGCCUGAACCUGUGCCGGUCCGGGGCCUCGCCGCCGCGCGCCAGCCCCGUGGCCGACGCCCAACCGAGCAGGCGCGGUUCGGAGCACGGACUGGGCGCCGCACACGGGUUCAGGCCGUCUCGGUGGAGCGUGGCGCAUGCGCUGCGCCUGCGCCGCCGCAGCGACAGCUGCAGCAGGGGCGGCGGGGAGGGGCCCGAGGCCGCAGCUCCAGGACUCCGCCGCCGCGCUCAUGCCACCCACUCCCAUGCCCCGCGCCGGCUGGCGGCGGCGCUGGCGGACCGGGGCACGCUGGGUCCGCGCAGCGUGGCCCUGCUCCUCCUCGCCUUCCUGCUCCUGCAGGCCCUGCUCUGGCGAGCGCUCUUCCCCGGGCACCAGUGGUGGGGCCGGGAGCACACCGGGCAUGGCUCGUCCACGUCGCUGCUGGUGCUGUGA